AUGGAGUUCUUGGUGAAGAGCUUGAUGCUGUGGAUAGAGGAAAUGAAUUACCAGGAAAUUGGAAACCACACCAAAGUGACUGAAUUUAUUCUCAUGGGAUUGUCCAGGCACCCCACAUCCCAGAGUGUUCUCUUCUGGGCACUGAUGUUUCUCUAUAUAGUAACUUUGGCAGGAAACAGUAUGAUCAUUUUCUUGGUUGGAGUCAACUCUCAGUUGCACACCCCAAUGUAUUUCUUCCUUGGUAACUUGUCUUUGCUGGAUCUUCUGUUCUCCACCAGUGCUGUGCCCCUGAUCAUGGUGAACUCAUUAUGGAACUUCCCCACCAUCUCCUACAGCUCCUGUUUUGCCCAGCUUGCCAUCCGAGCCUUCCUGGCACACUGUUUCCUUCUUGCCAUUAUGGCUUAUGAUCGAUUUGUGGCUAUUUCAGACCCACUGAGGUAUAACCUGGUCAUGUCCCCUCGAGUGUGUAUUUUAAUGGCUUUGGUUGCCUGGAUGACUGCCCUCCUGCUCACUAUUAUACCCAUUCUGCUCUUUCCUGUCAGUUUCUGUGGGCAUAAUGCAGUCAAUCACUUCUCCUGUGAGGUUCAAGCCAUCUUUAAAUUGCUCUGUUCUAACACCAUUUCCCUAGAGAUUAUGAUGAUGGCAUGUGCUGUCAUUUCAAUGCCAGUACCUUUAAUUUUCAUUCUUAUCUCUUACUUUUGUAUCCUCAGGGCUGUCUUAAGAAUCCAACCACAGGAAGCCAGGCUUAAAGCCUUUUCCACAUGUGGUUCUCACCUGAUUGUGGUCACCAUCUACUUUGGGACACUAAUAUAUAUUUAUGUGAGACCCCAGACCAAAAAGUCCCAAGAUGGAGAUAAAAUUGUCUCCAUAUUUUAUGCAGCAGUGACCCCUAUGCUAAAUCCCUUGAUUUAUACACUGAGAAAUAAAGAUGUGAAAACUGCUCUCAGGCGAGUAACCUGUAGGGCCAAGUACUGA